AUUUGUCUGUGUCACUACAAUGAUAUUCUGGGUGACAUUGGCACGUAAUGGCAGUCGGUUUUCUCCGGUUUGUGGAUGUGGGCGUUUUAUAAUGGGAGGACACAGGCGCAUGGAAAGAGAGAAGGAAGACGCAGGCAAAGUCACACGGAGGUUAUUCGAAGAAAAAGCUAAGCCCAAUGGCUCACCGGCUGCUAGUCUGUAGAAUUUGGACCCACUCAGUAAAAGACCUUCGCUGUCUCCCGGCCUCCACCUCCUCCUUCUCUACCUCCCUGCGUUCCUCCACUACCCCUCUAUCCUUCAUUUCCCCCAAACGCACUCUGCCCCGCUCCCUGCCCCACACUUCCCGCAGAGAGGUCUCCUUCAAUGUGCAGGACCAUGAGGACUUCACAGAGAGAGUCAUCAACAGUGACCUGCCUGUGCUUAUUGACUUCCAUGCCCAGUGGUGUGGUCCCUGCAAGAUACUGGGGCCAAGAUUAGAGAAAGCCAUCGCCAAACAGAAAGGCAAAGUUGCCAUGGCAAAGGUCGACAUAGACGAUCACACAGACUUGGCCAUUGAAUAUGGGGUAUCGGCAGUCCCCACGGUAAUCGCCAUGCGAGGAGGUGAUGUCAUCGACCAGUUUGUGGGAAUCAAAGAUGAUGAGGCGCUGGACUCGUUUGUCAGCAAGCUUGUUGGACAAUGAACAUGUCAAUCACAUCCCUGUGAUCCAACCCCUUAUGACCCCAUUGUUGUCUGAGCCUAGACUGGUCCUCAGUGCUUCAUGGCCAUGUUGAACCUGUUUAAAACAACUAACAACCCACCCACCACCUGACCACAACCCCACCUGACCACAACCCCAACUGACAAACAGGCACACGCUCACACCCAUCCCUAACCUCUCUGCUUUGUAUUAUUCUGUCUGUCUAUUGUCUAGUGAUGGGUGUGUGCUGGUGUGAACUUCAAUUCCCCUCUUUACUCAUAUAAUGCUCCCAUCUUGCAGCGGUUUCCUCCCUCCAUCAACCUGUAAUAUAAUGGCCCCACCCUGUGGAAACUAGUAGAGCAGCCUGAGCCAGUGUGUACCAGUUUACUACAAUAGAUUGUUUAGGGUGGGCAACUACACUGCUGUGCUUUACUGCAUUGUACAAGUCGUUUAGUAUUAAGUGGGGAGGGACGUUCACAGGAAAUGUGAUAUUGGUGAAUGAGCUGUGAUGUCGCUCUCCUUGCAGUUCCUGCUUAGUCCACUCGAGUGUGGCCUUCCCCAAGCAUUGUAGGCUGCACCGUCAUUUUACACCAUUAUGCCUAAUGUGAGUGGAAUGUGUCUGAAUGGAUGUGUAUGAGUUUCUCAGUCUGUCUCUUGGUUUUGACUGAGAAAUGUGAGAUAAUCGGGAAACACAAAUAUGGUUAUAUGGGUUUGAUUUAUAUUUUAUUUCAAUAAACUAUGUAAUAUGACCAAGAGAAUAAAUAAAAGAUAUUAAAGGUGUUCUAUA